AUGGCCCAGCAGAGCUGCAGUGGCCUAGUGCAGCGAAUGCUGAGCCGACACGCCUUCCUGGGUGCUGCGGUGCUGGAUGCCUUCAGCCUGCUCCCAAUGGCUCUCGUCUUUGGCAGCGCCUCCUUCCGCGCCUUCGCUCUCUUCGGACCUCAGCUGCUUGCACUCAGGAGACAGACUCAGAGCCUCAAGGAGGCACGAGCCGAGGCAGAGGAGUCUCAGACCUUCGUCUUCUCCGAGGCAGAAGGCCGGCUCCGGUUUCUGGCCGAGUACCGUGCCUUUGUGAUGAUCUCAACCUGCAUCGUCAUCCUCGCGGUUGACUUCGCAGCGCUUUAUCCUCGAGAGCACGCCAAGACCGAAACGUUCGGCUACGCGUUGAUGGAUCUUGGAACGGGCUGCAUCGUGGUCGCCACGGCCGUGUCCAUGAGGUCGAGAAGGGCGCCUGAGAGAACGCUUUGGGCCCUUCGAUCCGUCGUCUCCGUCCUUCGGAAGCUUUGGCCGGCCGUGGCUCUGGGGGCCCUGCGCGGCGCGCUGCUCUGGCAGCUCGAUUAUCACGUGCCGGUUUCCGAGUAUGGAGUUCACUGGAACUUCUUCUUCACUGUGGCCAUCAUCGCCCUGGUGUCUAGCCUUCUGGAGCUCACGGCAAUGCGGUCUGUGCUCGCUGGCAGCAGCGUGGCCAUGGCCUAUCAGCUCUUCCUGAGCAUGGGAGGAAACGACUUUUUGCUCCUGGCGCCUCGGCUCACGCUCUUCUCCGCCAACCGCGAGGGGAUCCUCGGCUGCUUCGGCUACCUGAGCCUCCACUGGCUGGGCAUCGGCCUGGGCUCCCUGCUGAGGGACAGAUCCGUUUCGGCGAGGCUUACCGUGCUGAGGCUCUUGGCCAUAUCCUUCUCUGGCGGCUUGCUCACGCACUUGCUGAGCCUAGCUGGAAUCGCUGUAUCGCGGCGACUGUGCAACCUGCCCUACGUCCUCCACAUCCUCUCCCUCAACGCCUGGGUACUGGCAUGGCUGGCCUUCGCCGACCUCGCCGCAGACCACCCGAGGCCCCCUCUCUCGCUGACUCUGGCCUCUGUCUCUGAGUCCAUGCUGGCCGUCUUCCUCUUCGCGAAUCUGCUCACAGGGGUGGUGAACUUGACGACGCAGCCCCUGCUCCUGCCGCAAGAAGCUGCCUUCUUGGCCUUGGCCUGUUACUACCUCUCCUGGUCCGUGCCCUGCGCCUUGCUGCGAAGCAAGGGCCGCAAGCUGAAGUGCUGGUGA